ACGUAUACUGGAAUUUGGGACAAAAGAAAACAGGAAAAAGGUUGGAGAAUGAAAGAUGGCGAAGAGAAGAAUCAAUGAUUAAGAAAGAAAUAACACGCAAGAUGGUAUGAGUGACUGGGAACAUGUUCUUCUUUCUCUGCAUAUUCUGUGGAAGAGAGAGAGAGAGAGAGAGAGAGUGGCAGAGAGGGUGUCCCACAAAUUGAUCUGCCUCUUCAAGGAAAAUGACUGAUCAAAACCCUGACUUUUUAAGCAAUUGAUAAUGAUGGAUUCUGCGGGAUCUAAUCUGAACAUGAAUACAAAGCAGCGAUUGUUGAGGUUUUUGCUCUAUUUGGUGUAUCUGUUUCAGCAACUGUUGCAUCUCCUUCAAAUGUUUCUCUUCAAAUUCAACUGCUUUCGGAGACGAAUGAACAACACUCUCAUCACUCUCCCCCAAGCCUUUUCACUUUCCUCUCCGCUUCCCCAAUGGCCUCAAGUCACAGGACAAGAUUUUGCUUCUGGGAUUGUAAACCUUGGUGAAAUAGAAGUGCGCAAGGUCACUACGUUUGAGUUUGUUUGGAACAGCAACAUGGGAAAGUCUGUUGCAUUCUAUAAGCCUGUGGGAAUACCAGAUGGGUUCCAUAUCCUUGGUCAUUAUUGUCAGCCAAGCGACAAGCCGUUAUGGGGUUUUGUGCUUGUUGUUAGGGAAGUGGAAACUGGCUCAUCUGAAAGAAGCAACCGUGACAAGUUCCCAGCUUUGAAGAAUCCCCUUGAUUAUAUGUUGGUAUGGUGUUCCAAUGCAGGAAGAAGGGAAUUGACAAUAGGUUCUGCAUACUUUUGGAUGCCUCAGCCUCCUGAAGGUUACUGUGCCCUUGGCUACUUGGUUACUAACAGGCCUGACAAACCCAAUUUGGAUGAAAUGAUUUGUGUUCGUGCUGACCUUACUAGUAGGUGUCAACCUUACAGGCUGUUGCUUGAUGCUACUUCUGUGAAUCCUGAGUUUCCAUUUCAGGUGUGGAGUCUAAGACCUUGUGAGCGUGGCAUGCUGGGAAAAGGAGUUUCAGUGGGGACUUUUUUCUGCACAAGUUGUUGGAACAAGGGAGAAGAGCUACCUAUUGUGUGCUUAAAGAACUUGAAUCCUAUGCUACCUGCAAUGCCACGCCUCCACCAAAUACAUGCACUUAUACAGCACUAUGGUCCUACUGUUUUCUUUCAUCCUGAGGAAGUUUACUUGCCUUCUUCUGUUGAUUGGUUUUUCAAUAACGGAGCCUUGUUGUACAGAAAGGGCGUGUGUACAGGAGAGGCCAUUGAUGCAGCUGGCUCAAAUUUACCAGGUGGGGGAACAAAUGAUGGGGAGUUUUGGAUAGAUUUGCCGAGUGAUGAUAGAAGGGAAUUUGUCAAAUAUGGGGACUUGAAUAGUGCUAAGCUUUAUGUUCAUGUGAAGCCUGCUCUUGGUGGAACUUUUACUGAUAUUGCUAUGUGGGUGUUUUGCCCUUUCAAUGGACCCUCCACUCUGAAAAUUGGAAUGACAAGUAGGGCUUUUAGCAGGGUUGGAGAGCAUGUUUGUGACUGGGAGCAUUUUACACUUCGUAUAUGCAACUUCUCUGGAGAGUUGUGGAGUAUAUAUUACUCACAGCACAGUGGUGGCAUAUGGGUGGAUGCCUAUGAACUGGAGUAUAUUAAUGGAAAUAAAGCUAUUGUCUACGCAUCAAAAAAUGGACAUGCAAGUUACCCCCACCCUGGAACAUAUAUCCAAGGGUCUUCAAAAUUAGGGGUUGGUAUUAGGAAUGAUGCUGCUCGUAGUAAUUUGUACGUGGAUUCCAGUGUUCAGUACGAGAUUGUUGCAGCUGAGUAUCUAGGAGAUGCUGUCACAGAGCCUCAGUGGUUGCAGUUUAUGAGACAGUGGGGUCCUAAAAUUGUUUAUGAUUCAAAAACUGAGGUAGAUAAGAUGAUAAACACCCUUCCUGGGAGGCUACGAAAUCCAUUUGGUUAUCUGAUUAGAAAGCUUCCAGUGGAGCUGUAUGGUCAGGAAGGUCCUACAGGGCCAAAGGAGAAAAAUAACUGGAUAGGAGAUGAAAGAUGGUGAACUUAUAUGAAGCUCAAUAUAUACAUGAAACCAAUUGGUCACAUCGGCUAAGUUAUUUUUUUCUGGGCCAGAAUGUUGUAACUAUAUGUUGUUGUACAUUCAUAUAUAUAGUGAGAGAGGUUAUAUACUUGUGCUAUAGUUUUGGGAGGAACUUCUGUUAUUAUUAUUGGAUUUGGAGAGGAUAGAAAGUUGAAAAUUAGGAUUUCUUGUCUGGGCUUGUGUUUUAUGAGAGUUGUACUGAAAAUGUCUGAUAUCCUCCGGUGAUAUGUUUAUCAAUACCAAAAAAUUGUUUGGCAUGACUGUGGAUGAUUCAAUGAAAA